ACUUACAGGCACCAAGUUCAUGUGCCAGGAGGGGGGCUGUGGUGUUUGUGUGUGCGCCGUAACCGGCAGACAUCCCGCUACUGGGGAGCAGCGCACCUGGGCGGUCAACUCAUGUUUGACUUUGUUGAAUACGUGUGUGGGCCUGGAGGUGACUACCUCGGAGGGUUUGGGCAAUAAACGCACCGGCUAUCAUCCGAUACAGGAGAGACUGGCCAAAAUGAAUGGCACCCAGUGUGGCUACUGCUCGCCUGGAAUUGUGAUGAAUAUGUAUGCGCUGCUCAAGGCAAAUGGUGGCAAGGUGACCAUGGAGGAGGUGGAGAACUCUUUCGGAGGCAACAUCUGUCGUUGCACCGGCUAUCGUCCCAUUCUGGAUGCCAUGAAAUCCUUCGCUGUGGACAGCAACAUCGCCGUACCGGCCGAGUGCGCCGACAUUGAGGACUUGGCGUCGAAACUGUGCCCCAAGACGGGCGCCAACUGCAGCGGCGCCUGCAAGGAAGCUCAGCAGAAUGGCGUGCAUUUGCUUACUCAAAGCUUUGCUGACGGAUAUUCGUGGUAUUGGCCUCACACUCUUGCACAGGUAUUUGAGGCUCUAGCCAGCAUUCCCCAGGACAUACCCUAUAUGUUGGUUGCUGGUAACACCGCCCACGGCGUGUACAGACGCAGCGAUAACAUUAAGGCCUUCAUUGAUGUGAAUUCUGUGAGUGAGCUGAAGAGUUACAGACUCAGCGAGCAGAUUCUGACGUUGGGCGCCAACCUCAGCCUUACCGAGACAAUGCAAAUUUGUCGGGAGCUGCAGAAAACAGCGGGCUUCGAGUAUUUGGCGCAGUUGUGGCAACACCUGGAUUGGAUUGCCAAUGUACCUGUGCGCAAUGCCGGCACCCUCGCGGGAAAUUUAUCUAUUAAGCAUUCGCGGCCCGAGUUCCCCUCCGAUAUUUACAUUGCUUUCGAAGCCUUAGAUGUUAAGGUGAUAGUUCAGCAAUCAACGAAAGAACAACAAAUUGUCAGCCUGUCCAACUACUUGCAAAUGCCAAUGCAAGGCAAACUAAUCACGGGCUUUGUAUUACGCGCAUAUGACAAAGGCCUAUACCUCUACGAUUCUUACAAGAUAAUGCCUCGCGCCCAAAACGCCCAUGCCUAUGUGAAUGCAGCUUUCCUGGUUGGUCUAGACGCCAAGAAGCAACGAGUUCAGACCGCACGCAUUUGCUUCGGUGGCAUAAACCCGAACUAUACACAUGCCAAGGAGCUGGAGCAGUUACUUAUUGGCAAAGAACUCCAUGACAAAGGGUUACAAGCUUCGAUUUACCAAUCAUUGAAGUCUUCGCUGGAAGCGGACUACGUGCCACCCGAUGCCAAUCCCGCUUAUCGCCAGCAACUGGCUUACUCGCUUUUCUACAAGUUUGUGCUGAAGAGCGCGCCUCAGUCGAAGUUGUCCAGUCGCUAUAUCACGGGUGCUUCACUCCUUAAAAGACCCGUAUCCACUGGCCAGCAAAGUUUCGAGACCUUUGAGAAGAACUAUCCAAUUUCAAAGCCCACCGUAAAGCACGAGGGACUCAUACAGUGCUCCGGAGAGGCUACCUAUGUGAAUGACUUACCCACUCAACACAAUCAGUUGUGGGCAGCAUUUGUUACAGCAAAGAAAGUCGGCGCCCAGGUCAGCAAAAUUGACGUCACACCUGCUUUGGAAUUGCCCGGAGUUGUGGCCUAUUUCGAUGCCAAGGACAUUCCCGGUGUUAAUGUGCUGGGGCCCAAGUUGAAAGAUGCCCAUUUCUUUAAAGAAGAGGAACAACUAUUUGCCACUGGAACAAUAAAAUUCUAUCAUCAACCGAUUGGCGUGAUACUGGCCGAUUCAAAUGCCUUGGCCCAAAGAGCAGCCGACCUGGUUCAAGUGUCCUAUGAAGGUGGCGAGCAAGUGGAACUGCUCCCAAGCUUAAACGAUGUCCUGAAGAGCUCGAAGGAUGCUAGUGGCGCUCGUUUCGAGCAAAAAUGUAAAUCUAUGCUCGACAAAUUGGAGCUUGUGGAUCCCUACGAUGUAACGGGCAGCGGAGAACUGGAUAUGGGCUUGCAAUAUCAUUUCACAAUGGAGCCUCAUACCACCGUGGUGUUGCCUUUCGAGGGCGGUUUGCAGGUCUAUGCGGCCACCCAAUGGAUGGACCUGACCCAAGAUAUUAUUGCCAAUGUUCUAAAUAUGCGCAGCAAUGAGGUGCAGGUUAAGACGCGUCGCAGUCUGCACAGUCGCUUUUAUGAAGAUGCUGGCUAUUCACCGAACGAAUCGCCUAUUGGCCAUACAGUUCUGUUGUCAAAGAAUUGCUACGAAUUCAGUGACAACUACAAAUUGGAUGGUUAUAUGGUGUUUACAGAUUCGCCCAGCAAUACGCCUUGUCGCGCCCCUGGCUCCGUGGAAGGCAUUGCUAUGAUGGAGAACAUUAUAGAACAUAUUGCAUUUGAGACAGGCCUAGAUCCGGCUGAUAUCCGAUACGCUAAUUUGUUGCCAGGUCACAAAAUGGGCGACAUUAUGCCUCGUUUUCUGGACAGAAACAAAUAUAGUUUGCGUCGUGCUGAGAUUAUUGCCUACAACAAGGAGCAUCGUUGGCGCAAGCGUGGUCUCGGCUUGUGCAUCAUGGAAUAUCAGAUGGGUUAUUUCGGCCAGUUUCCAGCCACUGUGGCUAUUUACCAUAGCGAUGGAACUGUGGUUGUCUCGCACGGCGGCAUUGAAAUGGGGCAAGGCAUGAACACCAAGAUCGCCCAGGUUGCUGCCCAUGCCCUUGGCAUUCCGAUGGAGCAGGUGCGGAUUGAGGGCAGCGAUUCAAUAAACGGCGCCAACGCCAUGGUAACUGGUGGUUCUAUAGGCAGUGAGACCGUCUGCUAUGCCGUACGAAAAUGCUGCGAAACCAUAAACGAACGGUUAGCGCCUAUACGCGAAGAGUUGAAGCCACAGGACUGGCAGCAGCUCAUUACUGAAGCAUACAAUCGCAAGAUCAAUCUAAUCGCUAGCGACCAGUGUAAGCAGGACGACAUGGAUCCCUAUUCUGUCUGCGCCUUGUGUCUUAACGAGGUGGAGCUAGACGUUCUUACCGGUAACUAUUUGGUUACUCGAGUGGACUUACUGCAAGAUACGGGCGAGAGUUUGAACCCCAGUGUUGACAUUGGCCAAAUCGAGGGAGCCUUCAUGAUGGGCCUGGGUUAUUGGACCAGCGAACAAAUAGUGGUGGACAAGAAAACAGGCGAAUGUUUGACAAAUCGCACAUGGAACUACAAGCCACCAGGUCCCAAGGAUAUACCCAUUGAUUUGCGUAUCGAACUGCUACCGAACAGUUCAAAUAAGGCCGGCUUCAUGAGAUCUAAGGCAAGUGGAGAGCCAGCUAUUUGUCUCGGCAUAUCCGUUGCUUUCGCCCUGCAGCAGGCUCUGCAAUCGGCGCGUGAUGAUGCUAAGGUACCCAGGUCCUGGGUAACGUUAAAUGCUCCUAUGACACCCGAAUUAUUGGCUCUCCACGCUGGCACUGACACCAGCAUGCUUCGUUUGGACUAGCGCGAAAGGGAACAUCAUUAAGGUCGACUAGCACGCUUCAGUGCCCAGAGGCGGAUAUAACCUACCCCCAACACCUAAGGGCACGCCAAGGCGAUGAACGAGACGCAGCACGUGCUCCUCCCAAAUGAACCGAUGGGUUCGUUCAGAUAAGCGCGUUAAACAAUAGGAAUAUCUACUUACCUUUAGCACUAGGAAGCAUCGGGUAGCAUUGUUAUUUGCACAAUAAAUUAAAAACUUAUCCAACGCAAA